AUGUCACACUUGAAACCUGAACCCAAAUACCAAGUGGAAGCUGAACAUCACGAAGAACAGUUAUCCAUCGAUUGUGAAAAGUCUGUUCAAGAAAUCCAAAUCGAACAUGUCCCUGAAGGUACCACCGGUGCUGGAAAGGCUCUUUUCAUGUUGCUUAAAGCUUUCAUUGGUACUGGUGUCAUCUUCUUGCCUGGAUCCUUCAAGAAUGGUGGUCUUGCCUUGUCAAUCGCUUUGAUUAUCAUCCUCGCUAUCAUUUGUACUAUUGCUUUCCAAUUGCUUGUAACCGUUCAAGCCCAAAUUGGAGGUUCCUAUGGUGACAUGGCUGGAACUCUUUAUGGUCGUUAUGCUCGCUACACUGUUCUCUUCUUCUUGAUCAUCUCGCAAAUGGGAUUUGUCGCCUCCUACCUCAUGUUCGUUUCUCAAAACAUCAACUUGGUUGCUGAAGCCCUCUCAAGUUGUAAUCCACCUUUCGAGAGCAAAUAUUGGAUCUGGAUCGCUUGUGCCAUUGUCAUCCCUAUCACCUGGGUUCGCAAAAUCGCUCGUCUUUCAUGGUGUGCCAUCAUUGCUGAUGUCUUUAUCGCUUUUGGUCUUAUUUGUGUCCUCUACUAUUGUGGUGCCCAAAUCAACACUCAUGGUGUCGGCCCUGAUAUCAUUAUUGUCAAUCAACGAGACUUUGGCCUUAUGAUUGGUACAGCAGUCUUUUCUUUUGAAGGCAUCGGCAUGGUGAUCUCUGUCGUUGAAGGCAUGAAGGAUCCCAAAAAGUUCCCAAAGGUGCUCAAUAUUGGCAUGGUGAUUAUUACCUCUGUCAUGGUCCUCAUUGGUACAAUCGGCUAUAUUGCUUAUGGCGACGAAGUUGAAGCUAGCGUUGUCUCCAAUCUUGCCACCGAACCCCUUUCUGUUACAGUGCAGCUGUUGUAUGCUAUUGCUAUGAUCCUCUCAUCUCCUUUCAUGCUUUGGCCCCCUAUCAAGAUUAUCGAACGUGGUAUCUUUGGUACAAAGCGUAGUGGUCAGCUCUCUCUCAAGUGGAAAUUCUCCAAGAAUUUCGUACGCUCUCUCAUCCCUAUUGUCUCGGCUGCUGUAAGUUUCGGCGUUGGUGCUGACAACCUUGACAAGUUUGUCUCGUUGGUUGGUAUCGUCGCUUGUAUGCCUCUUUGCUUUAUCUUCCCUGGCAUGUUCCAUCUCAAGGUUGGCAAGAACAUCUGGCUCAAGAUCAUUGAUAUUAUCUUAAUCCUCUGGGGUUUGGGUAUCAUGGGCUACACCCUUUAUGUCAACAUUGAGUCUUGGCUCGGUCCUCAGUCUGCUGCUGAACACGUCUGCCGCUCCAUGUAUUAA